GUCGGGGAUAUUACAAGUAAGGUUGUUAGUGAACAAUGAACAUUUUACUAAAGUAGGAGCCUUUGCCAGAAGGGAACAGUGAAAAUUCUCAAAUUAGGCGAGUUGUUUGAGCUCAGUGGAAAAAAAAUUGUCGGUUCACAUCGAAAACAAACUGCGAAGUCGAUCUCGGAAAUUCUGACCCCCACGCCGCAUGAUACUUUUUCCAUUGGUCUUCACAUGGAGAAUGAUACUUCAGAUUUUUUAAGCAUUAAUGAAUGCUUCAAAAAUCAUUUAGCCAGUUUUGAGAUAUUAGCGAUGAAAAUCUUUAGGAUUACAAAGGCUAAGUCGGAUUUCCAACAAUCUUCCUAUCUUUGCACUGGCACACCUGACGAGCUGCUUUUAUCCGCUUCUACACGUGUCACGAGGUCAAACUCGCUGUUUAAUUACAAGUCGGUAAAGAUGGAUUCUCCUCAAGGAACGAUCAUAAACCAAGGAUCGGUAUCUGGAUCGUUAUCGCAGAUUACUAUCAACAUCGUUGGAGCAGACCCAGUUUCCGGCUGAUUAUUACCGCCGUCUUGAUUCAAUUAUAAGGAGCAUUCCAAGACGGUCGUUUUGAUCUCUAUUUUAUUAUUUGUUAAUGCGCAUUCCUUCUGGGCCUUAAUUUUUUCUGUAAAAUCCAAGUUCAUGUAUAUUGCAUUAUUGUUUGUUUUUGCAAUAAAUUCCUUUAAGUAAAUGCGGAAUAAAAAUAGUGUGUUGAUUGUAUCUUAGGGGUGGAGAGAGGCGAGGCUCAGAUUACUU